UUUUUCUGCGAAACCCCGCAGGUGGAGGCUUGAAGGCUUGGAUGUGGCUAAAAGUGGGCUGGCAGCGCAGCAGUUCGCAGUCAGUGUGAUACGGUUUAUGGUGGUCUAUCUUCCUCCCUGUCUUCCCGCCCUUCGUAAGCACCAAUACUCAUGGAGCAUUGCAAUGCAGCAGUCACACAUGUGCGAUCAAAGGCCGCUGCAAUUCGGAAAACCACUUCCGAACAUCUGAAAGGCGAGUUGCUUAGGGGCGAGCGGCUUACAAAUGGCGACCCGAAGUGGCCAUCGAUUUUGAGCAGCUUUGACGUGGCGGCAAAUCAGGUGGUGGAGCUUGCCGAAGAGGUCGAUCCGGUGCUCAACUUUUUUGCUUACCAGCCUUUGCGAGCAACGGCCAAGCCUGGCGACAUCCCUAUGUUCCUUAGCACCAAACUCAUGCCGAGAAAUGACAGCGCCAAGAGGGAUGAAGGAUCCGAGGGUUCCGUCGGAAGCAGGAGCCACAUCGAGGCCGUGGAGCAGUUUAAUGACUCGGUGGAUGAUAUCAGCAAUUUCUUAAACGACUCCGUGGGUGCCGAUGACGUUCUGUCCAAGUUGGUGUCCUUGUCUGGAAGCACGCGGUGACGAUAAUUUUUUUGUCGUCGGUGAGACGCUGGCGACAAGACACAGCACGGGAGCAUGUUCAUUGUUCCGCGAGUGAGCAUACACAAGAGCAGCCUGGCAGCAAUUACAUUCCAAUUUCAAUCCUGUCGCUGGUUGAAGACCUCGCCGGAAAAGUUUUCCCUCAGCAACGUAGGAGGUGCCAUGACAUUCGCAGUGAAUCUCAUCUGAGUUACCGUGAUCCGUGGUGUCUGCAAAUAACCUUCACUUUCGAACGGUACGAUUGGGAUACCUAGUUCACAAAGAGUCCAUCGGCGUGAGCCACUUGUCGACUUGUUGCCUGAUCUGACGCCGCUCUUCGGCCAAGAGGUUGUAUUCCCGUUCAUCUUCCAGAGCAGCUUUCCAUUCCCGGAAAAACCUUAAUUUUCUGGCACGGUGUCCCAUGGUGCUUGCAUUCUGCUCAACGAUGGCACGGUGAGAUGCUCGACUCGUCCAGGCGUCGACCCACUUGCCAAAGUGCUUGGACCUUGCGGAAUGACGUGCUAUCAUGCGGACCCUGGAGCUGCGCUUCGUCAGGCAGUUGUUGUGGUAGCUCCAGUACGUCCAGGCAUUUUUCGUGAGGAAAUAGGUCUCUAGUUUCUUCACGAGUCUUUCGAUCUGUUAACGAGGGAAAGAGACGUACGCGUAGGAGGGGCGUUGACAGAGCGACGAACGUUUUCUGCAGCUGGUGUAUUGUGGUUGUGGUAGUGUCUAUGGAUCAGUCGUGCGGAGGCGGGGUGCUGCAGGCCAGCGCGGCUAGCGAUAGUGUUUCUAGAAUACUGGAUAGAUUUUCUUUGGCACACUCGGUAUAUAGUUCUUGCAAAGGCUUUGUAAAGAGUGCACGUACAACAUAUGUCUUCCGUGCUUCACGAACGAGACUUGGGAGAGCAGAAGCAAGUGUCGCUUCUCUAUCCUAGGAGGUUGUUCAACUACUGUAGUGUCAAAUAACAUCAAAGUAUCCUGCUUUGAUGUAUUCGUUUCGUAUGGCAUUAUGUUUCAAAUGAAGCUGAGAACAGAACCU